AAUUAUAUUUUUUCCAACUAAUCUGCAUAUAUCUUUUCUAUGUGCGUCUUAGUUAGUGCACAUGCGGUAUUAAGAUGGUUGGUUGUGUUUCUGAUGAUGAGGUUGAAGAAGCUGAUCAUAAAUCUAUUACAUGAAUUAGGAAACUUAAGCAACUGGGAACGUGUAGAAGACUCUUAACUCACAAAUGUGGAAUCUUGCUGUAUUCCACCAAUUAGCAUCAUUUAUGUUGAAAUCUAUUUUGGGGAAGGAAAAAACAAUUUCACCUACAAGUUCAGUUUAAAUAAAAUAAAAUAAAAAUAAAUACAAAAUUCACGCUCAUUUACUAAAGAGCUAUUCUGAAAAAAAAAACAAAAACAAAAAUUCAAAACAUUAUGACGAAACUAUGCUAGGAAAACUCUGAAACUAUAUUUAUAUACGAUUUACGAUAUUCCUGUUUGAGAUGCGAUAAUUUUCUUCAAUUUUUUUGCUAGCGUUAAUAUCAUUAAAAUGAAAGAAGAUUUACAAAAGUUAAUCUAAUAAAGAGAGCAACACCUUGGCAAAAAAGCAUGAAAAACAGGGUGGGACAAAACAGUUUGAGAUGAUGUCCAAUUUAAAAGAUACCUACACAGUUUUCUAUCUUUCCGCAUCGAUUGUGUUUUUUGCUUGCAAGAUUGUGUUUUUUGCAUCUCACGAUCCCUAACCAGUUUUUUGAUUUAAUCUCACGAUCAUCAAUCCCUAAACAAUUUUCUUCAAUUUUCUUCAGUUUUUGUUUUCAGUGCCAACUGCCAAGUUUCUAAUGUGUGUACUUUUAUCAUUGUCGGUCGAUAUUUCGUAUUUAAUUAAGACGCUAAAUAUAUUAAGCAUCGAAAGAACAUACGGCAAAACAAGGUAGUGCGUUCUUUUAUACAAAAAGAAUUAUAUCAUACGGUUUACUGAGUUUUUUCUUUCUUUUGUGAGAUGAUGUCGUAGAUAUGUUGAGAAACUGUUAUCAUUGGAACCAGGAAACGUUACCAUCGCUAACUGUUGUUGACCAGACAAUAUCUGGCUAGAUAGAUAGGCGAAUUUUCUGUAUAUACUUAUAAUACAAAAUGGACCAAUUAAAAACUGUAUACACCCAUUUGAUGAUAGUGAUGAUAAUCGUGGUUCAUGACGACACUAAUGAAAAGGUAACAAAAUAUCUGGCGGUAACGUUAUAUAUAUAUCACCUAUUACCUAUACUUGAUCUUGUAAAGAGUAAGACAAUUGUUUAAGACGAUGUCUAGCUAGGCUAAUUUAAGACAUUGUUUUAAAAAUUAAAAUUCCAGAUCCCACUAAUAAAAAGAGAAUCAACAUGCAACCUUAAAGGCUUAAACCAUUUCCCUUUAGUCUCUCUUGACUGUCAUAGCUCUUCCAGUUCCCACAACAUUACCAAAAAUAAACCAAAAACAUCAAAAUUUACUUAAAACAAAAAGUAAUGGAGGCUGCAAAAGGCUACACCCAAGAUGGCACCGUCGACCUCCAGGGCCGUCCCGCCCUCGCGUCCACGACCGGUCGUUGGAGAGCUUGCUAUUUCCUUCUUGGGUAUGAAGCGUGUGAGCGGAUGGCGUUUUAUGGAAUAGCUUCGAAUUUGGUGAAUUAUUUGACAACGAGACUUCAUGAAGACACGAUUUCUUCGGUUAGAAAUGUAAAUAAUUGGUCCGGUGUCGUCUGGAUCACUCCGAUCGCCGGAGCUUACAUCGCCGACACAUACAUUGGCCGCUUCUGGACUUUUACUGUCUCCUCCCUCAUCUACGUCCUGGGGAUGAUUCUCUUAACAAUGGCAGUAACGGUAAAAUCCUUAAGACCGACAUGCAGGAACGGGCUGUGCAACAAGGCAUCCUCUUUACAAAAAGCAUUUUUCUACAUGUCUCUCUAUACGAUAGCCAUUGGAGCCGGUGGAACAAAACCUAACAUUUCCACGUUUGGAGCGGACCAAUUCGACGAUUUAGCAAAAAAAGAGAGAAAACAAAAGGAUUCGUUCUUCAAUUGGUGGACGUUUAGCUCCUUUUCGGGUGCGUUAUUCGCGACACUAGGGCUCGUCUACAUCCAAGAGAAUCUUGGGUGGGGUUUAGGUUAUGGCAUCCCUACGCUAGGACUCUUGGUUUCUCUAGUUGUGUUCUAUAUCGGGACACCGUUUUAUAGGCAUAAGGUCAUCAAAUCAGACAAUUUGGCCAAAGCUUUGGUUCGAGUCCCUAUCGCAGCAUUCAAAAACCGAAAGCUUCAUUGUCCGAAUGACCUUUUGGAGCUUCAUGAGCUUGAUUCCCAUUAUUACAACAGCACUGGUAAACAUCAAGUUCAUCACACCCCCAUAUUCAGGUACUUGGAUAAAGCUGCCAUUAAGACAUCUUCCAGAGAGUCACCUUGUACUGUGACAGAAGUGGAAGUGGCAAAGCGUGUGCUAGGGCUUACCUUAAUAUGGCUUGUCACUUUAAUCCCAAGCACCUUAGGGGCACAGGUCAAUACUCUCUUUGUCAAACAAGGGACCACAUUGGACCGAAAACUCGGAUCCCACUUCCAAAUCCCUGCGGCUUCGCUGGGAAGCUUUGUUACCCUCUCAUUGCUUCUUUCAAUUCCAAUAUAUGACCAAUACUUUGUUCCCUUCAUGCGCAAGAAAACUGGAAACCCUAGAGGGAUCACCAUACUCCAACGGCUAGGAAUAGGGUUUUUGAUCCAAAUUGUUGCAAUAGCUGUUGCUUCGGCUGUAGAGGUCAAGAGGAUGCACGUAAUAAAAGAAUUUCACAUAACUAACCCUAAACAAGUUGUGCCUAUGAGCAUUUUCUGGUUGCUCCCUCAAUACUGUCUUCUGGGCAUUGGGGGUGUGUUUGACGCGAUUGGUUUGCUUGAGUUUUUCUACGAUCAGUCACCUGAGGAGAUGCAGAGCCUUGGGACAACGUUUUUUACCAGUGGGAUCGGUCUUGGGAAUUUCUUGAACAGCUUCUUGAUGACAAUGAUUGAUAAGAUCACAAGUAAAGGGGGAGGCAAGAGUUGGAUUGGGGAUAACUUGAACGAUUCUAGGCUAGAUUACUAUUAUGGGUUUCUAAUGGUGAUUUCGAUUGUGAACAUGGGAUUGUUCUUGUGGGCAGCUAGCAAGUAUAUUUACAAGAGUGAUGAGACCAAAUUGUUUAAUGGAGGAUGUGUUCAAAUGGAGGUCAAAUCCUUAGAUACAUCUCCUCUUACUAUCUAGCUAUAACAAUGAGUGAUUUAUAUAUACGGUUUUCUCAAAAAACAUGUAAGUUGUGGUAUUUUGAUUAACAUGAUAUGAAUAAAACUUUAGUGUUUAUCCUAAGCAAACAAGCACCACUUGGACGACCUAAGUUAUUGCUCACGUUCUAUAUAUCGUUUUGUUCUACUAGUUGAACACAGAAACCAAUUCUCAUUGGUCACAUACACUUUCACCUAGAAGGAUUCACAUGAACCGGAUCCGGACAAUUAACUAUAUAUAACGUCUAACAUAUUGGAUUAGACUAUAUGUUAUUGACUUACAUAUCUUGACGAUGCCAAAUAAAAGACUUAUAUAUCUCGACUAAAUUAAUAUAUCGGAUACUUUGGCAACUAUAUCUUUUUUUUCUAAUUGCUCCAAAAAAAGAAAGAAAUUCGCUACUUUUGAUCAAAGCACAUCCCACCGAACACUGCAUGAAUCUGGUCCGCAAGAAGAUGUAUUGAUUAAUUCGAUACGCUAAGGAAACACCGAAAGUAAAAUUAAUUAAAAUGAAUAA